AUGGCACGCCAACAAGUUGUUGUUCUUGCUCUUGUUCUGUUGGCCACCGUGGGGUUGGCUUUCGCUGCUGACGCCCCCACCCCCGCCGCCGCCACCAAACCCGGCCUCCCAACCUUCAUUGGUGUGCCCUCGGCGGGACCAGUCCCAGACAAUAACGAUGUGGGAACCGUUGGUGGCUCCGGUGAUGGUGCUUCCAAGGCUCCUUCUCCCGGUGGUGCUACCGACAGCGUUGCCGCAGGCUCCGUUGGUGGACCUGUCUCUGCCUCAGCUUUUGGCUCCAUUGCCAGUGGUAAUGCCGAGGGUCCUAAACCUAGCGCUGCCACCGUUGCACAGCUCUCCGCCGGAGUAGCUGUUGCCGCUGGCGUCGCCGCCUCCUUAUUGUUCUAA